ACUCAUGUCAAAUACUAAGAUUUCAAGGUGCUGCAUCCACCCUUCCCCCUUCUCUUUCUGCACUUUGCAUUGUAAUGAAUGAUGUUGCAGCUUGUUCAUGUGCUUUGCGAAAGGCCGGCUAGAUGGCGAUGCAUCGGGCAGUAGGAAUCCGCACCUUAUUAUAUAUUUCUGCAGAAGAUUCAUGUAGUAUUUCGGGUUCAUGUUUUCAGUUGUAGGCCAUUGUUGAUUUACUCGCCACGAUGAAGCAAGGGACGCCACCUCCACCGCCACCGCCACCGACGCCAGCAAGAAAAAACGAGUGCAAGCCUACUGCCAUGUCCAUGUCCACAAGACCGUCUCGCCUCAGAACUUCCCCUAAACCCAAUAAGGACUCUCCUAAGUCGAAACCAGAGGAAAAAACUAUCCGUACAUCUUCGGCAAGAGCAGCAGUAAAGCCAGUAUCAACCUCUGCAAGGAGGAAUUCUGUGUUGAUUAUAUCCAAAUCCAGAGAGGAAGUCGUUGUGGGGCGGACCGGAAACGACCGCCAGGUUGUAGAGCAGUUUGCUCGGCCGCGGCGGUCCUCUGAUCCCAACUUAUGUAGAAGAAACAAAAACGAGGAUGACCCAUAUGGUGGGAAGAGGAAGGAGUUGCUGCAGAGCGAGACUUCGAUGCAGAAUUUGCAGUCUGAGGUGUUGGCCUUGAAGGCAGAGUUGGAUAGGGCGCAGAGUUUGAACGCGGAGUUGCAGUCGCAGAAUAAGAAGCUCACACAAGAUCUUACAGCUGCAGAAGCAAAGAUAGCAGCUCUUAGCUGUCGUGACCGCCAGGAGGAGUACCAGAGCCCUAAAUUUAGAGACAUUCAGAAACUCAUUGCCAGCAAGUUGGAACACUCAACUGUAAAAAAGGAGCCAAUCAAUGAGGCAAGUACAAUUCAAACAGCACCACCACUACCAACAGCACCACCACUACCAAAACGUCCAGUUCCCAAGUUCACAGGUGCAGAAAGAAAGUCUCCAGUCUGUUCAUCCCUGCCUCCACCUCCACCACCACCACCACCUCGGCCCUCAGCCAGAGUGUCUACUACCACUCAAAGGGCUCCAACACUAGUAGAAUUUUAUCACUUAUUAUCAAGGCAAGAAGGGAGGAAGAGGGAUUCUCCAGGAUCUGGAAAUCAUCCUAAAUCAGCAGCUACUAAUGUACAUAGUAGCAUAGUUGGAGAAAUUCAAAAUCGUUCAGCUCAUUUGUUAGCUAUAAAGUCGGACAUUGAAACUAAAGGCGAGUUCAUCAACAGCCUUAUCCAGAAGGUGCUCGAUGCAGCUUAUACAAAUAUAGAAGAUGUCCUGAAGUUCAUCGACUGGCUUGACAAUGAACUAUCUUCUUUGGCUGAUGAGCCGGCUGUAUUAAAACAUUUUAACUGGCCUGAGAGGAAAGCUGAUGCCAUGCGAGAGGCUGCAAUUGAAUAUCGUGACCUUAAACUGUUCAAAAAUGAUAUUUCUUCAUAUGAAGAUGACUCUAACAUUCCAUGUGGGGCUGCCUUAAAGAAGAUGGCCAGCUUAUUAGACAAGUCCGAGCGGAGAAUAGAAAGGUUGAUCAAGCUGCGAAAUUCAGUUAUGCGUUCUUAUGAGAACUAUAGAAUUCCAACUGAUUGGAUGCUUGAUUCAGGAAUUGUGAGUAAGAUAAAGCAGGCUUCUAUGAAUUUGGCUAAGAUAUACAUGAAAAGAGUGACAUUAGAGCUUGAGUCCAUUCGGAAUUCAGAUAGGGAAAGUAAUCAAGAAUCUCUUCUGCUCCAGGGUGUGCAUUUUGCUUAUAGAGCUCACCAGUUUGCUGGAGGUCUUGAUUCAGAAACACUGUGCGCUUUUGAAGAGAUAAGGCAGCAAGUACCAGGACAUUUUAGAGGGUCUCGAGAAUUGUUAGCCGGUGUGCCAUCAUCGUAACAAGCCGUGGGAAUACUGCCAAGUGCCGUUCUCAGGAGAAAUAGCAUUUUUUCCCUUCGCCUUCAUUGUAACAACUAGUAGCGAAUGAAAUGUUCAUAGGAAUUUUGUGCAAUACUCUAGCGGAUGAGGGUAGUCCAAAUUGGAGAUAACACGGGCUCUUCAUCUUUCAAAAAAGUUCCAUUUUACUAACU